GCGAGGCCCCGCCCCUCCUGAGGCUGAGGGCGAUGCUGCUGUACGUGGCAGAUCCGACCGGGACAUUUUGGUUUGAGUGAUUUUAGGAGAGGCUCCAGGGUUUACUCGGUUCCUGCAGCACCUCCAGAACACCCACUACACCACAUGCUGCACCAUGUGGCCGAUUAUAGUGGCCGCGCUGCUGCCCUCCGUCAUCCUGACGUAUGAAAUAGACCUGAAGAAGCUGGACGGUCUCGCGCGGGCGAAGGUGGAGACCUGUGGGGGAUGACAGUUGAAUAGGCUGAGGGAGGUCAAGGCCUUUGUGACCCAAGACAUCCCUCUCUAUCAUAACUUGGUAAUGAAGCACAUCCCUGGGGCGGACCCGGAGCUCGUCCUCCUGAACCACUACUAUGAGGAGCUAGAUCGGAUCCCGCUGUCAGAUAUGACCCGUACAGAGAUCAACAAACUCUUGGCCGAGCUCGGCUUUUAUAAAAAAGCACAGCCUGAAGACGAAGUGCCGGAGGAGUUCCGCUUCUCACCAGCCAAAGACAGCCCCUUCAAAGAGCACCACACCACCCCUCCCCCUGCUACGACUGAGAUUACUGAGGAGCCCCAGUCUGAGAGAGACUCCCCCCACAAAGAUUUAUAGUCCAUUUAACUAGGAAUCACCUAGGAGCACUGGAGUGAUGUGCCCUCAUUGUUGCUUUAGAUUAGUUUCAGUUUAAGACACACACACAGACUCACAUAUACAGUAGAUAUGCACCCAAAACCAAACCUGUUUUUUUCACAGGCUUUCAUUAAAUUUGGCACUUUUUCACUGUUACAUAAAUACAAAUUUCUUUCUUUUUUUAAACAACAUCUUGUGAAAUCCUGUUUAUAUUUGAACAUAUUUAAAUAUAUUAGUAUUUGAGAUUCAUUUGAACAGCAAUGAGAGAUGGAGGUAAAAUAAUUUUAAAAACACAAAGAAGUACAUUUCUUAUGAGGAACAAAUAGGACACCCCUACUUAUCACUGUGUUUGAUGUCUAAAAUUACAAUCAGGUGCAUCACAUUAACUGCAUAUGAUUGAGUACAUCAUUAGAAAGAAUGUGGGAGGAAUCUGUCUAAUUUGAAGCUCAGACAUUAGUUUGAUUGGCUCUUGAUUGUUGAAUUGAGUGGAUCACCACAUGCAGAUCCAUAGAGCUCUAUGAGGCCUCCAGAUCUACAAAGGGGUGUAGACCAGAUGAGUUUGGAAAGAGUUUUUAAAAAGAUCUCUGAGCAAUUAAAUAUCAGACAUGCCACUGUCUGGAACAUGGGAGAAUAUGGGGAAACAACUGUCAAGAAGACCAGAUCAGACCUUUCUGGCAAGUUCAGCCCAAAAGCAGAGCAAAUAAUGAGAAAGAAAUUAUCCAAAAAACUAAAAUCUUCUCACCAGACCCACAGCUUUACCCCUAGAAAAGACAAAAAAUGCCUAGGCAUCUUUUUACAGGAGAUGUGCAUGGAGUAAACCAUCAUAGAAACAAUACAGUUUGCCAGAGAACUCAGACUAACACUAAGACCGGAACUUUGAUACAAUAAGCUUUGGACCAAUUAAAUCUUCAGUUUUUAUUUAUUAAUUUAUUUUGACAGCAAAAGUCUUCUCCUUGCACACCUUCCAUGAAUAUCAACCUUGUUUACUCUCUCUCUGAAAAUAGGUGCUGUACCUUGAAAUCAGUUACCAGUAAUGCUGAAAAUAUUAGGAUUGUGGAAGACUUCUGAAACACAUUAUCGACUGAUAUUUGUAGGAUGGUCUGACAUGGUCAUGUUGGCAGUUGGCAGUAAAUUAAAAUCUAUUCCCAGACCCAUCUGAUCUACAGUUUGUUCUGAAGGCCUCAGGAAGCUCUUUGGAUCUCGCCCUGGUGAUCUACUCACAACAUCAAGAUCAAACCAAACUAAUGUCAGUCAGACUCCCCAACACCCCCUCUAACCAUGCUCUAAUCUAAUUUAAUAUUUUUUUAAGUACUGGAAGUUGUAAAUAUGGUGAUAUCCUGUUUCCUUUUUGUAUUGAUUACAUUUCUUCAAGUGUGUGUUUAAUUAUUUUAUCUCCAUUUGUCAAUCUUGUGAAAUUAAGAUCAAAUAUUCAUAUGUUUAAAUUAAGACGUAAUUUACAUUAGAUUUACAAUACAUUGCUUUUCUUAAACUGUUAAAUUACAUUUCACAGCGUUUACAGAGCACACAUGCUUCUGUUUCAUAGACUGUCAUUUAAUUUAAUGAACUCCGGUCAGUGGUGUUGUUAAAAGCACAGUAUGCAGAGGACCCUGUUUUUACCCACACAAGAAAUGAAUGAUACCCUGAACUGUAAAAUCGGCUGAUUGGUUGGGGGUUGAUGAUGUAUGUUCUUGAGGGUAUAUAUCAGGGUACUUGUAGAAUGGUGGACUAAAAAGCAGAAGGAAAAAAAUAAAUGUUUUAGUCUGA